AUGAAGGCGGCGCCGCCACUCACCCUUCUGGCUUCGACUAGCAACCCUGACGGAUCGUCUCCUCACAGGAGCAAAGACCGCCGGCCUGAUCUGCACGACCAGGCCUCCUUCUUUCGGAGCGUCCAAUGGUCCGCAGAUGGGUCGACGCUGUUCACCACCUCCUCGUCGAAUCGCAUCUGUUCAUUUGUGCUUUCGGCGGAUCUUCUCGAGCCGCGGCAGGAGCCCACCCCGCUGAAUGCGCUCGGCACCCUCAUUCUCCCCGAGGCAACGAGCGCCGUUGCGCCUUGCCCGUAUUUCAGCAUCCGGCACCUAGGCACCCAGGUACUCCUGACCAGCUGCGCAGAUCAGCCCAUCCAACUGCACUAUGCAUUCUUGCCGUCGCCAGAAAGCGAGGAGUCCGUAGGUGAUGGCUGCGCAAUGUCGCUUCCCCCUCCUCACUCCCCCCCUCCCAUCGCGAGCUACCGCCUCAUCAAGCAAGAAACCGAGGAGUACAUGCCUGUGUCGUCUUUGAUCUGGCCUGCUCCUGGAACCCACUUCAUUGCGGGUACGCUGAAUCGCAUCGCCCUAUAUGAUAUAUCGCGUUCGAGCGCAGUGCACAGCGAGCCGAUCCUGACUAUCCGGACAAUUCCGUCUCGGAAAGACAUAAAUAAUAGUGUCAAAGUCACCGGACUGCGCGGCCAUGUAUCAGCGCUGGCAGUCCAGCCCGAUGCUAGUGGUGUCGCUGGGAUGCUUGCCGCUGGCACACGGAUUCGCGACGUGGGCCUAUACGACCUGAAGGGGGGCACCGGCCUCUGUCUCAACUCGUGGAACGUAGAGCGCGAUGCGGCCAAGUCCAAGAUUGGCGGUCUCGGCAUCAUGCAAACAAUUUGGUCCCCGUGCGGACGGUACUUGGCUAUCAACGAGCGGAAGUCCAGCGGGCUGCUGGUGUACGACGUGAGAAGUACGUCUCGGUUGCUCGCCUAUCUGACUGGCCGGAAUGGAGAAACACCACAACGAAUGAGUUGUGAUGUAUUCCAGCCGUCUAAAGCCGAGGCCAACGGAGGUGGCUUUGAGCUUUGGGCCGGGACAAUGGACGGCACCGUGGUUGUCUGGGAAGGAGUCGGGAGGCAGGAGGGCGCUGUCAAGCCCUCCUGGGACUGGAAAGCUCAUGGAUCGUCAGUUGGCGGUGCCGCACUGCACAGUUCAGGCUCGGUCGUUGCGACGUGCUCUGGCUCAUUGGUGUACGUGGAUGACGAGAGCUCGGAUGAGAGUGAGUCUGAUAGCUCUGGUGAGCCCGGCGGCUCUGGGGAGUCCCACAUGUCUGUCGAGACCGGUUCAGCCUCGAAUAGGGCUCGACGCCCACGCCAGCGCCAGCACAAACGCUUUGUCCCGAAACCCCCGGCCAUGGUAGAGACCAGUCUCAAGCUUUGGAGCGUGGGUGCGAAGCCGGCCGGCCCAUCACAUGCCGAGACCGCAUACCAUGGAGACGACAACCACCAACAAUUACCGAGCAAUCUUGCGCAUCCGACCGUUGGAUUAUGA